GCCAAAGAGUAUGGCCCCGUUUACACUCUGUACCUUGGAUCCCAGAUCACUGUGGUCUUACAUGGAUAUGAGGCGGUGAAGGAAGCUCUAAUUGAUCAAGGUGAUGAAUUCCUUUACAGAGGACAUAUUCCAAUUAUUGACGAUACCCAGAAAGGAUAUGGUCGUGAUAUGCAAAGAGGCUAAACAAUGCACCAAAUUUGCCACAAGCUUGAUUGCUUUAGGAAUCUUUUUCAGUAAUGGAAACAGGUGGAAACAAAUGCGACGCUUCUCCCUCAUGACCCUGAGGAACUUUGGGAUGGGGAAGAGGGGCCUCGAGGAGAGGGUCCAGGAGGAGGCCCAGUUUCUGGUGGAGGAGCUCAGGAAAACAGAGGCUCAGCCCUUGGACCCUGUCUUCAUCCUCUCCUGUGCUUCCUGCAACGUGAUCUGCUCCGUCCUCUUCAAUGAGCGUUUCCACUACAACAAUAAGACGUUACUCUCCCUGUUGAGUGUGUUAAAUAAAAAUUUUAAUCGAAUAAGCUCUCCCUGGAACCAGAUUUACAAUCUAUGGCCAAAACUCAUAAAGCAUCUCCCUGGAGAGCACAAAGCAUUCUCAAAAAGGCUUAAUGAUGUUAAAUAUUUUAUUCUGGAAAAAGUGAAGGAGCAUCAGAAGUCCCUGGAUCAUAAUAACCCUCGAGACUACAUUGACUGUUUCCUCAGCAAGAUGGAGCAGGAGAAACAGAACCCAGAGUCUGAAUUUCACUUGGAGAACUUGACAACCUGUGGAUCAAAUCUGUUUUCAGCGGGAACAGAGACAACCAGUCUCACUCUGAGCUAUGGGUUCCUGCUCCUAAUGAAAUACCCUGAGGUUCAAGCCAAAGUUCAUGAAGAAAUUGACCGUGUAAUUGGAUGCAACCAAAGCCCCUGCAUGAAGGACAAGAUAAAGCUGCCCUAUACAGAGGCCGUGCUUCAUGAGAUACAAAGAUACAUCACCCUCCUUCCUUCUAACAUGCCCCGUACUGUGGCCCGGGACACGAAAUUCAGACAGUACUUCAUCCCUAAGGGCGCUACUGUAUUGCCAUUACUGUCUUCGGUCCUGUACGAUUGCAAGGAAUUUCCCAACCCAGAGAAGUUUGACCCAGGUCACUUUUUGGAUAAAAAUGGCAGCGUCAGGAAAACAGAAUACUUCGUGCCUUUUUCCAUGGGGAAACGGGCAUGUGUUGGAGAGGGCCUGGCCCGCGUGGAGUUGUUCCUGUUUCUCACCACCAUUCUGCAAAACUUUGUCCUGAAGCCCCUGGGGGAGCCAAAGGACAUAGAGACCAAACCCACUGUUACCGGGUUUAUCAACAUCCCACAACCCUAUAAGCUGUGCUUUAUCCCUAGACAAAAGAACGUUUCUCUUUUAACAAUUUAAAUCAAAGUAAUUGCUUUUUCCUCUCAUUCCUUCUCCCACCCCAUAGUCUCUUUUCAUUUUAAAUACUGCUAGGACAGAAACACUACUCGCUAAAAGCUUGAUGGACAUUUGUUUAAACCUACAAAUCCCUUGCCAAAAAGGAUCUGGGUCCUGAAAACGCCAAGGGUAAAACAAUAUACUUAUAUCCUAUAGAGUACUUUAUAAACCAUGAUCCAGCCAAACCAGGCCCAGGCCCACAGAAGGGCCUGAGACAAUUGGCAAAUAGUGGAGCCUUCACUCUCUCUGUGGCUUUGGAGAUAUGCUGAUUUUCUAUAGCUUUUCAAAAUAGAGAAAUUAAUAUAAUGGCCUGUGUGUAUUUUUUCCUAUUUCCAAUGGAAAGCACUUACAUGAUUUCUGCCACAUUCACAAAAUAAAUCCUUUUUUUCCACAGUAGAUUUUCUUUGAAUGUUUGACUUUAUAUCAAGUCUCAGAAAUCCCUUUCCUUGAGCUAUGGGCACUCUAUAAUUAGAAUAUCAUAAACAGAUGAAAUGAUAAUCCCCACCACAAAUCUCUCCCUGCCCCACCCCAUCUAUUUGCAGCCAUUGAUUUACAUGGGGGCCCAAGGAGCCCCCUUGGAUAAGAAUUCAAACCAUGUUCAUAGGUAGGAUUCAGACAUGCAUAGUUACAUCUUCUUCAGAAAGUGAUGAGGGGCAGGGCUGGGGGUUGGAGAGCAAGUGGGCAGAUUGCAAGGAAAGACUGAGUAUUGCUAAGAGAACAGUGACCCAGAAGAGAACGGCUAGAACAGCUGCCCAGUGGUGGCCCAGUGGAGUGCUAUGAGGAGUAGCUGCCACAAAAGGAUGGCUCAAAUGCCAGCAGGCAGCCCAGGCUCCAGGACAUUGGGGGGGAAAGAAGCUUUGAAAGCAGAGCUUGGGACUUCCCAGGCGGUACAGUGGUUAAGACUCUGUGCUCCCUAUGUAGGGGGCACAGGGUUUGAUCCCUGGUCAGGGGACUAAGAUCCUAUAUGCCACAUGGCAUGCCC